AAAUAAUGUCAGAAACCUGGUUUUCAGUCAUUUAUAGAUCAACACAAAUCUAUACACGAGUUUUAUUAAAUGUGUAUGGCGAUCGAUUCUAUCGAUUUUAAAUUUGAUUAACUCAAUUCAGGUUUUACGGUAUAUCAUCUGUCAUUUUUGUAUUAAUUGGUUUUAAUUAAUAUAAAUAUAUAAAUUAUUUAUUGAUAUUUUGUUAUCAAAAAAGGAAAUCAAGCUAUGGAUUAUUUGAAGAAUAGCUGGAAAAAGGUGGUUGGUAAUCCUCAAGAGAGUGAACAAGAAACAGUUUCUGAAACGAUUGAGAAACUAAUUGGUCGUGUUGAAACCUCUACCUUACCAGACGAUCGCAGAGGUGCUUGUAGAGCUCUUAAAUCGUUGUCUAAAGACUAUCGACUAGAGGUUGGAGCCAGAGGAUUGGAUGUUUUAAUUAAUGUUUUGUCUACUGAUCGUAAUGACCCAGAAGCAAUCAGUUAUACUUUAGAUGCUCUCAACAAUAUAAUUUCAGGCCAAACUGAAGAUCCUGUGGACUAUAAUGGAGUUGCAUCGCCUAAUGAAGAAACAGACGAUCUCGGAAUCCAAUUUACCGAAAUGUUUGCCAAAAAAACAAAGAAUAUCAGCUUAGUGAUAGAACUUAUAGAGGAAUACGAUUUCAAAAUACGUUGGCCUGCUCUAAAAUUAAUUACAAAUUUAUUAAGAAAUAAGCCCAAGGAUAUCCAAGAUGGUAUUCUUGCUAGCCCGAUGGGUGUCUCCAGACUGGUCGACCUUCUUGCAGAUGGUAGAGAUAUUAUUCGUAAUGAUGCUAUACUUUUAUUAGUCCAUUUGACACGAGGAAAUGCUAAUAUUAAAAAAAUUGUUGCCUUUGAAAAUGGUUUUGAUAGACUUCUUGAAAUAAUUGCCACGGAGUGUUACUGUGAUGGAGGUGUAAUUGUGGAAGAUUGUUUAAUUGUUCUCCGAAAUCUUCUCACCAACAAUAACUCAAAUCAAUUUUUUUUCAAAGAAGGAAGCUACAUUCAAAGGUUGAUACCGUUCCUCGAUGUUACUGAAUGGAGUGGACACCGUUCCAACAACUUCCUUUUCUUUUUACAAGUCAUAAGAGCUCUUGUUUCUCCUUCCAACCCACAACAAGUGACCUCAGCUUGCCAAAAAGUUAUGCACUCAUCUGGAAUCCUGAAAAGGAUCUGUGAUAUUCUUUCAACUCUCGGAAUACCUUCAGAUAUCCUCACCGAGGCUAUAAACACUGUCGCCGAAAUUAUCCGAGGAAAUGAUCAUAAUCAACAAUAUUUCAGUUCUUUAGAGGCUCCAGUCGAACCACCUAAAUCUCUUCUAGUUCUUCUUGUAAUGUCUAUGGUUGAUGAAAAACAAUGUUUCGAUUUGAGAUGUGCAAUUCUCUACUGUUUUGAAUGUUAUCUUUUUCAAAAUGAAUUUAUUAAAGACCAAGUUGUUCAAACGUUGUUACCGAAUGCUCCAGAAACAUCUUCUGUUACCUUGGGUCAACUUUUAUGCGGAGGCCUUUUUUCCAAUGAUCCACUCUCAAAUUGGUUUGUUUCAACCGCUUUAAGUCAUACGCUCAUCGGAAAUAAUAUCCUAAAAGAGCAACUUUUAAAGGUUCAAUUGGCAACUGAAGGGAAAACAACUUCGACAUCUCUCAUGGAACAAUGCUGUUCUCUUUUACAUUCUUAUUCAAAACACCAAACUCGUAUUGGUUUGCUCAUGUUCCUUAGCAAUUGGCUAUCUGAUUGUCCGGUUGCUGUUUCGCAUUUUCUUCAGAUUCCUUCAAACAUUCCAUUCCUUACUGUUCAACUGGGUAAUAUGGAAGACGAUGACAUGGAUGUAUUAAUCUCAGGAUUGAGUGCUUUCCUAUUAGGCAUAUGCAUACUUAAUAAUAAUGACUCUGUCCAAAGUUACACUAGAGAAGAUUUACUUGAAUCGAUAAUGAAAAGAGUUGGAUUGGAUAUUUUUCUUGAUAAAUUACGCUCGGUGUCUAAAAGUGAAAAGUUCAGUUCUGCAUCGCAAAAACCUCAGAUUAAAAUUUUAAAAGCUGAUCAACUCAUCUUUGACUAUGAAUUCUGUAAAUUAUUCCGCACACUUGAAGCUUCCAUAGUAAAAUCCGUGCAAAAUAACCCAGAAGAUUCCGUCAAUGGUCCAGAGUCAAAAAUGUCUGCUGAGCAAAAUAGACUUCUAAUGCAAUUGAUCCGAGAACAAGACGAGUCAAUUUCAAGUUUAAAAGAUGAGAAUACUUCUUUAAAAAAUCAAUUGAGCGAGUUAGAAGAACUCACAGCAACAAAUCAACAAUUGCAUGAUCAAAUUGCUCUCUUAAAACAUCAACUUCAUCAAUACGCAACAACAAAUCAACAGUUGCAUGAUCAAAUCAGACAUUUAGAAUCCCAAUUGCAUCAAUAUGCAACAACAAAUCAACAGUUACACGAUCACAUCGCUCUACAAGAAGCUCAAUUACACCAGUACGCGGCUACGAAUAAACAGUUGCACGAUCAAAUCACUAACUCAGAUAUACCUUAAAUCUUUUACAAUUAAACGAAAUUUAAACAAAAUUAUUUUAUUGUGGCUAAA